AUGGAUUCCCUGGAGAACGGGAAUCACACUGCUGUGAUGGAGUGCAUCUUAUUGGGCUUAACAGAUGAUCCAAUCCUUGGAGUCAUCCUCUUCAUGAUUAUCCUAUGCAUCUACCUGGUGAUCAUAUCUGGCAAUCUCAGCAUAAUUAUUCUUAUCAGAAUCUCUUCUCAGCUUCAUCAUCCUAUGUACAUUUUUCUGAGUCACUUGGCUUUUGUUGACAUGGGCUAUUCAUCUUCUGUCACACCCAACAUGCUUAUGAACUUCCUCAUGGAGAGAAAUACAAUCUCUUACCUUGGAUGUGCCAUCCAACUUAGUUCAGUGUUUUUCUUUGGCACAGUCAAAUGCUUCCUUCUGGCUGCCAUGGCCUAUGAUCGCUUUGUGGCAAUUUGCAGCCUACUGCUUUAUUCAACCAAAAUGUCCACACAAGUCUGUGUUCAGCUACUCAUAGUGGCUUAUAUAGGUGGUUUUCUUAACGCUUCCUCCUCUACCUUUUCCUUCCUGUCUUUAUUCUUCUGUGGACCAAAUCAAGUCAAUCAUUUUUUCUGUGAUUUUACUCCUUUACUUGAACUCUCCUGUUCUGAUACAAGUAUCCCUGCAGUCAUUCCCUCAUUUUAUACUGGCUCCAUCAUUGUGGUCACUGUGUGUGUCCUCACCAUCCUGAAGAUGCACUUCACUGAGAGGCGCCACAAGGCCUUCUCCACCUGCACCUCUCACAUCACUGUGGUCACUCUGUUCUAUGGGACCAUUACAUUCAUUUAUGUGAUGCCCAAGUCCAGCUACUCAACUGACCAGAACAAGGUGGUGUCUGUGUUCUACAUGGUGGUGAUUCCCAUGUUGAACCCCCUGAUCUACAGCCUCAGGAACAAGGAGAUUAUAGGGGCUCUGAAGAGAGAGCUUAAAAAUAUUUACUAG